AUGUCUUCCAACAUGGAUCUGUCAUUAGAGGAGAUGUGUGCCAAUCUGAGUCUUAAUGAACCGAAAAAAGUCCCGUUAGCAGAGACUGUUGGACAGAAUUUGGGCCGAGGCAGCUGCCUGGUUAGGAAAGUCAUAGCGCCAAAAGAUCGGAUCUUGAGCCAUAAUGAGAUAGUCAACCAUUUUCGUACAUAUUGGAAUGUACAGAACGGGAUGGAAACCAUGGCAGCAGGUCAGAACAAGGUCUUCUUCAAGUUCAAUUCUCCAGUUGAUAUGCGUCGAGUCCAGCAGGGCUCCCCUUGGACAAUCGGCAAACUUCUAUUUGUUCUGACUGAAUUAAACGAGGAGGAUGUGAUUGAUGAGGUGGAUUUCUCUUGGGUGCCGUUCUGGAUCCAAAUAAAAGGUUUGCCGUUCGGUUUGAUGCAGCGGAAUCGAUUGGAAAUAUCAUUGGUCGUUAUGUUGGGACGGAUAGCGAUCAGGAAGGAUUAG